AUGACUUCCAGAACCCCGAAGACAAUAAUACGGUUGAGUAAAAUUCUCCUCGAGUACCACUGCUAUGGGAACUAUGCUCCUCUUCGAUACGCGAGCGGGUCUGCGACUGCUGCUUUACCAUCGGGUAUUCAACCUUUCGACUCGUCUCCGCCAUACGAACACGAUUUCUCUCCGUCCUUAAACCCAGCUGCCCAACAAUUCACACCGGGAGGACAACAUGGCGGCCUCGAGGGCCCAAAACUUACCGCCACAGCGCCAUCGUUCGUGCCGGUCAAGUCGAAGCUUAAUGCUAGAGCGCCGAGCUUCCUACUCAGCCGUCUAGCUAUUUUCGACCCUCCGGCUGGUGAUCUUGCAGAGCGCCCUCGUAAGGACAACUUGAUCCUUCCCGAUGCGCGUGACGACAACAUCACCGAUUCGAUCGAGAUGAUGAAGUGUCCGCAGGAUGGACAGGUCGGCCGGUAUACACUUGAAACUACCAUCAACUUCAACAACGGCUGGCAUCACAACGAUCCUGUACUCGCUGCCAUGUACUACGUCCUCAACGCCAAGAAGAAGAAAAAUUUCUCUCGCUACUACUUCAGGUCGAAGACGCUGCGUAACAGGAACCUCCACAGGUACGACUGGAAACUUCACAGGUGCGAUCAGAAAUACGCAAAGUGGAUCACUAUUCUACCCAAAGGCUCACCACCGACUGCCAAAACUGUCCACAUCUUCGAACCGGACAAGGAGAAGUGGAUAAUCUUUGGUGACUGGCUGGAGCAGGUUUCCAAUACUCCGCUCGGCUGGGUCGGCAGGACUGCUUAUAGCCUUCAGUUUGACUGGUGGAAAUACGUGGGCAGCAAGCGCCGUUUCGAGAAUCUUCCUGGCGAGAUUCGAACGCCUAUCUAUCAGUACGCUCUCGGAGGCGAACUGUAUCCAUUGAGUACUCAAGAUUCUGAAAGCAGCAGAGAAGGCACAAUGGCCUGCCGGACUGCUCGUCUUACUCUCGGCAUGGGUUACAGUAUGUGGAUCUUUCUCGAUGACAAAGGGGACAUAUUGAGGACGCAGAUGAGCAAGUCCCAUGUACCAGAGGCCCGAUCCUUUGUGUAUGAGCCGGCUUUGGAGCUUUUGCUUGUUAGCUCGUGGAUGCGAGAAGAAGUGCUGCAUACUGGCUGGGAGCUCAUGCGUGGCUGUUUCUUUGAUUCAGGGAUCUUCCACAAAGCCAUCAAUUCUCGACCUGGACCGGCCAUGAAUUACAAAUACUUGAGUAAAGUAGAACUUGCCUUCACGAACGCUGACUGGUUCGACUUCUUGGGUGUAGAGACUUUGGGUAGCGAACCCUACAUAUCUGUAAAAAGUUCCGAUUCUCUUGGACCCUGCUUGAACAGUCUCCACAACCUCAAGGACCUACGACUUCGUUUUCGAGGUCUUGAAGAUGGGUCUAAAGGCAGCCCCUGGGGAGAAUACUGGGAGCAUUGGGAUCACAAAACCCCAUACGUCUGCUGUCAACGGACUAUUGUUGACUGGAUCUGUACCUUCGUUUACCCUUUCCUGAUUGACAAGUGUAAGGGAGAGGAGGUAAAAGUAACUCUGACUGGUUAUGUAAAGAAUGACACGCAGACAAAGUGGGAGGAAAUCUUCGCAGGAAAGCGUGAUCAUGACCACGAUGCUGCAAUCGCAUCAAUCCUUGGCACACUGUCAUCACCACGACCACCAAGUUGUCAAUGUGCGUCGGUGUGUAAAGUGGACUACCCGAGUCGAGAUAUGAGACUCGAUCCGAUUCUAUAUGGCUCCAACCAGCACUUCUAUGAUCGGACGGAUUUCGAUCCUAGAUAG